GCUCUCACUCUUUCGAACUUCAAGGAUAACCAGACGCAUAUAGUUCCAGAUGUAGCGAGAAGCACUGCACAGGUUGUCGAGGACCAGUUUCUGAAUCUACCAGUAGAUGUCAACCGAUACCGAGGUUAAACUAUUGGCUAAAGCCGUGAGCGACUCGGAUAGGGAAUCCAAAAUCUCGCUUCCGGGUAGCGAUAGCAGUGAUCACGACGAACCCAUUGACAUGCGCCACAAUGACCUUUGGUUUUCAGAUGGUUCAGUCGUUCUUCGCGCAGAACAGACGCUCUUCCGGGUACACAUGUCACAGUUGUCUCGUCAUUCGCUGCUUUUUCGCGACAUGUUCACCCUCCCUCAACCAUCUACUGCAUCCGAACCUUCCCCAUCAGCAAUUCAUUCGCCGCAGACUGAUCUCGGUUACAUCGAAGGAUGUCCUGUAAUACACCUUCACGAUAAGGCUGAGGACUUGGCCAAUCUCUUGAUCGCAUUGUAUGAUGGACCUACCUUUGGAAAUAAUGACCGAAGCGACUUUCGAGUGGUGUCCGGGAUUUUGCGUUUAUCUGCCAAGUAUAUUAUAGACUCCCUUCGUGCCAAAGCACUUGCUCAUCUCAGCGAAGCUUGGCCGUCUACAUUGAAAGCCUGGGAUUUGCGGGAAGACUUAGCCCGUGUCUAUGAGCUUGAAACUGGCACUCCUCGAGGAUUCCGCUACCCAUCUCCAAUCGUUGUCAUCAAUCUCGCGCGAGAAAUCGAUGCUCUAUCCUUGUUGCCCUCUGCCUUUUAUGAUCUCUCGCGUUACAGCUACACUCAAAUAUUCGAACCAAGGGAAGAAAGUCCUCUCUGUGACGACUUAUCAACGCCUCAUGAUUCGAGGUGCCAUCUGUCACUAUUAGACAUACAAAAGCUUGGAAUGGGUAAGGAGGCUUCCUCACACGCAAUCACUUCCCUCAUUCAGUCGAUGACCUCACCCGCACACCCACAUCCACAUCAUCCGACUUCGAAUACUCACCGAAGAAACCUAUCAGCCUCUGGUGGUCGUAACAGAACGAAUGCCAUUUGCACAACGGCUUCAGCUUGUCGUAGCGAUUUCUUGGAACUUGCUCAACUUGCGACACAGCAUUAUAUCUUCGAUCGAGAAAAAGGCUGUGCUGAUCCUUUGUAUGUUGCAGAGGAGUUGGGUCAGUUGAAGAGUGCAGAGACAACGGACGGCGAAGACUGUGUAGCAUGUGCACGGAGUCUAGAGGCCUGGGCGGUUAGGGAAAGAGAGCGGCUUUGGAAAACGAUACCGACAUGGUUUCGUUUGGAUUCGUCUUGAGCCAUCGCUUUGUCUGAUUCGAGCUAGUCUCUUCCAAGUACCUUUAGUGCUGGUGUGCACUAGUAUGACGUCGAUGGUAGAAUAUGGCGGGGCAACUUGAUAAGGUUAGAUCAAGAAUGGCUCUGACCCCUGUCUUCCUUGGCGACCGGUCUGCCUUCAGCUGCAACUCCGACCUCUCUAAACGAAGUCGGAUCUUCGUCGGUGUGCGGACCAUCACGCAUCCGACUCUGUCGGAGUCAUCACAAGUACACGCCCGAAACACAUUAAAUACAGGUGCAUCUCACAGUU